AUGGAACUAUCAGAUACGGCUCUGAAGCUCUCGAAGGUGAUCGAGCGGGAAGCCAAACGACGGACAACAGUCCAUAACUCAGGAAUAUUCCAUGUCCACCCCCACUUCCCGUCGUUCUCACGCCAAAAAGCUGACAAAGUACAGAGGAGUCAACGCAGUCGACGAUCUUCAUUGUCUGUGGCACCGACACCAGAGGAAGACACAGCUGUGACGUCUGCGAGCGGUAGCAACUCCCAUUUACCAGUUCCAGUUCCCACUCCGGCCAAGGUGGCAUCUUCGCGACACAGCUCAAAAGUUGCCUCCGAGUUGCAACCAGUAAACCCUGACGAGCCUGUUGGUUGCAUGCACAAACUCUGGGACUUUUUCGAAGAUCCACAGUCGUCCACAGCGGCAUAUUAUUUCUCUCUUGGCUUAUAUGGAUUCAUUAUUAUCUCCACAUUCGUCUUCGUCGCUGAAACGGAGGAAAUUUUCGACCCGUACAUGACGGUACUUACUACAUUAGAGGCGGUUUGUGCAGGUGUCUUCUCGUUUGAAUUGGUUGGACGCUUUCUCGUGUGCCCCAGUAAAUUGGCCUUCCUCCAAGACUUCUCGAAUUGGGUAGACUUUGCGGCAGUAUUUCCAUUUUACAUGGAGUCAGUUUUGGCUGUAGACAAUGCCGGGUCUUUCGGUGCCAUUCGAAUAGUGCGACUCACACGAGUGGCGCGCGUUUUGAAAAUGUCACGGUAUUCUUCAGCGAUUCAGGUCUUCACUCAAGCUAUCUCCAUCAGUAUUAAACCACUGACAAUGCUGAUCUUUCUCAUGUCGAUUGCCAUGAUUAUAUUCUCAUCGGCCAUUUACUUCGCUGAAUAUACCGACGAUGGUUGCCGUGCAGACGGAUGGAUGGGAAACUGUACAGUCGAUUCCUCUGGAGAUGUUAACACUGCAGAAGUUGCCUACUCAAUAUCGGCGGCUGCAGCAGUAGCGUCAGUUUCGUCAAGCGAUGCUUGCGUGUGUGUCGAUCCGAACCCGUACCAAGGCAUUGCAACAUCCUUCUGGUGGUGCAUCGUGACAAUGUCCACUGUAGGCUACGGGGAUAUGACUCCAGUUACUUGGUUUGGCAAGGUCAUCGGAUGUUGCACUGUGCUCACAGGUAUGCUGGUACUGGCACUGCCAAUCACAGUCAUUGGUACUAAUUUCCAGAAAGUCAUGAAAUCGGUCAUGCAUGAAACGAUGAAGAGCAACGUGGAUUUUCUCAAAGGAAAACGCAUGCUCUGCCGUAACGAGAUUGGAGCUAUUCUGGAGAGAUUUCAUGCUGUGACGGAAGGAAUUCAUCUCGAUAUCGACGACGUCAUUAACGUUUACGACACAGAUAACAGUGGCAUGCUUGAAGAUGACGAGCUGGCCAAAUUCCGUAAUGAUCUUGAGGUUUUACAGAACCGAGCCUUCAUGAAUCAAUUGGUUGUGCCUACUGUGGGUCUGCAUAGCUCGCCCUCUAUCAGCAUAAAUCGUCGGGGGUCAGCGACAUCUACAGAGUUGCUACUGCAAAGUAAAGUUAUUCGAACCAACAGUAUGGACCAUCGUCGACUGAGCAUUUCGACCCUACAGGGUCCACCCGUCACUACAGUCAGCUCAGUGGCUCCAGACUUAAGGUCUAACGACCCAGUCACAAUUACUGACUCGUCUUCACGAAAUGGACCAAGUGCUGAUACUCUGAAUGGCCAGCAAAGUCUGUCUGCAGCUAGCAGCACUGCUCACCUUAUUAUGCCAGAUAAUGAGCUACUGCUUCGGCUGCUCGAUAUGCAGGAGAGUUUCCAGGAACGACUUAUUGAAACAGAACAGCGGCUUGAGGCAAAAAUGAACAACCUCACGAAGAUCCUCUUGCGUCUCGAGAGUAUGAUGGAGCUCGACAACUAG